ACAAUACAAGUAAAAGAUAGAAUCACGGCUAUCUAAGAAGAAAAAGCCGUUCAGAACGAAGACCCUCCACAACAUGUCUGGAUCCAAUGUUCUCCGUCUCGCAACAAGACGUUGCAUCAGACCUCGACAACAUUGUUCUCCCUCUUUAACUCGCCCGAUCCGUCCCUUCUCGCAAUCAUCACUGGGAUCCUAUCCUCGAAAAGACAGCCAAGACAAGGACAGCAUCAACACCGAGUCAACAGAGUACAGCAAAAGCGGCACUGACGAUGCGACUGCACGACAAGAUACCGCUUUCGAUCCCACGAAGACGGACCCAGAGGAGCAGAAGAACUCUGGAAAGGGGGAUGAGAAUUCGGGCAAUCCCUUAGAUGUUUCGCCUGCGAAUCAAGAGGUCUCGAAAGCGAGGGAUCAGCAGGAAGGAGCUCCUGAGAACGAUCCGAACCAGGGGAAGAAGAGCGUCGCUCGCAGCCCGAAGAAGGCGAAGAAGCUGUUUUAGAUGUGAAUUAUGGAAUUGCUUGAGAUUUGAGAUAUUAGUAGAACUAAAUGGAUGAAUUGGGGUUUAGACGGAUGUAUGUCUGAGAUGUAUAAUUCCUGCCCAAGCUAUACAAUAAUUCAUGAAAACAACGGUCCAUGGAACUCCCACGUACCGUACCUAAGUAUACAUCAAAAGCAAAU